AUGGGCGACCUCGCAAACCGCAAAGUGUUCAAGGUGUUCAACCAGGAGUUCAUCGUCGACGAGCGUUACAAUGUAACAAAGGAGCUGGGACAGGGUGCCUACGGCAUCGUCUGUGCGGCUACCAACAACCAGACGGGCGAGGGCGUCGCCAUCAAAAAGGUCACCAACGUCUUCAGCAAGAAGAUCCUGGCCAAGCGUGCCCUGCGCGAAAUCAAGCUGCUCCAACACUUCAGAGGUACACGCACCUGCCUCCGCCCGUCCCGUCGCAACCCGAUACUAAACCCCGUCGCACAGAUAACAUGUCUCUACGACAUGGACAUUCCCCGCCCCGACAACUUCAACGAGUGCUACCUCUACGAGGAGCUCAUGGAAUGCGACCUGGCUGCCAUUAUCCGAUCCGGCCAGCCCUUGACCGACGCUCACUUCCAGUCCUUCAUCUACCAGAUCCUGUGCGGCCUCAAGUACAUCCACUCGGCAAACGUCCUGCACCGUGAUCUCAAGCCCGGCAACCUGCUCGUCAACGCCGACUGCGAACUCAAGAUCUGCGACUUUGGGCUGGCCAGGGGCUUUUCCAUGGACCCUGAGGAAAAUGCGGGGUACAUGACCGAGUAUGUCGCCACCCGAUGGUACAGAGCCCCUGAAAUCAUGUUGAGCUUCCAGAGCUACACAAAAGCCAUCGAUGUUUGGUCGGUAGGAUGCAUUCUCGCAGAGCUGCUGGGAGGCAAGCCUUUCUUCAAGGGCCGCGACUACGUCGACCAGCUCAACCAGAUCUUGCACUACCUGGGAACACCAAACGAAGAGACUUUGUCGCGCAUUGGCUCUCCUCGUGCCCAGGACUACGUCCGAAACCUGCCAUACAUGCAAAAGAUUUCCUUCCAAUCGCUCUUCCGAAACGCAAACCCCGAUGCGCUCGACCUGCUAGACCGCAUGCUUGCCUUUGACCCCUCCAGCCGUAUCUCAGUCGAAGAGGCCCUCGAACACCGGUACCUGCAGAUCUGGCACGACGCGUCCGACGAGCCUUCGUGCCCAACAACUUUCGACUUCCAGUUUGAAGUCGUCGAAGAAAUUCCAGAAAUGAAGCGCAUGAUUUUGGACGAGGUCAGCCGCUUCCGCCAGAUGGUCCGCGUUCAGCCCGGUGCGGGCGCCGCUGCAGGCCAGGCCCCUCAGGUCCCGAUACCCAACAACUACGAUCGCACAGGCUAUGAAGAGCCGAGGCCGCAGGAGGCGUUCAACCAGGGCGGGUGGAAUGGCAGUGACUUGGAGCGCGAUCUGCAGGGUAUGUCGCCCGCCGCAGUCGAGUCGAGCAACAAGAGGAAGCGGUCCCACAAGAGCAAGAAGGGCGCAGAGGCAGUAGCCGCGCCGGCGCAUAAUGGCGUAGAGAAGGCGCGCAAAAAGGCACGCAAGGCAAAGGAAGCCGAAGAUGAGGUAGAGACUCGCGCUGUUGAGGAUGCGUCUGCGGAGGUGGCAAGCGACGAGGAGGAAGUCGAAGAUGCAUCUGAAUCCAAGAAAGACGCUGCGCAGGCGACUGCUUCGAAAGACGCCGAGGGCGAAGACGAGGUUGACGACGACGACGACAGCAAGCUUGCGGACCUUCCUUCUGGCAGCAACGCUCUCGACCUCCCCUCUGGCACCACAAUGCCAACGCCGAACCCCGUUCGUUUCGAUGAGCUCAACCUUUCUGAGCGUACGAUGAGCGCCAUCAAGGAAAUGGGCUUUGAGAAGAUGACGGAGAUCCAGCAAAAAGCAAUUCCGCCGCUUCUUUCGGGUAGAGACGUGCUCGGUGCGGCCAAGACAGGCAGUGGAAAAACACUUGCGUUUCUCAUACCCGCCGUUGAGAUGCUUUCGCAGCUGCGAUUCAAGCCGCGCAACGGCACUGGUGUGAUUGUGGUGAGCCCGACGCGAGAAUUGGCGCUCCAAAUCUUUGGUGUGGCGCGCGAGCUCAUGGCAAGCCACAGCCAGACGUUUGGUAUUCUGAUUGGAGGUGCGAACCGCAGCGCAGAGGCCGAGAAGCUGCGCAAAGGACUGAACCUCAUCAUUGCCACGCCUGGGCGGCUCCUGGAUCACCUGCACAAUACCCAGGGCUUUGUGUUCAAGAACUUGCGUUCGUUGAUCAUUGACGAAGCAGACCGGAUAUUGGAAGUUGGAUUCGAGGAUGAAAUGAGGUCCAUCAUCAAGAUUUUGCCUACCGAGCGUCAGACCAUGUUGUUCUCGGCUACGCAAACGACAAAGGUGGAAGAUCUGGCCAGGAUAUCGCUCAAGCCAGGACCUCUAUACAUCAACGUGGACCACCGAGCCGAACACAGCACUGUGCAGGGGUUGGAACAGGGCUAUGUUUUGUGUGAUUCAGACACGCGAUUCAGGUUGCUGUUCAGCUUUUUGAAGAAACGGUAUGUUGAUCAAAAGAAGAAGGUCAUUGUCUUCCUGUCUUCGUGCGCAUCGGUCGACUUUUACAGCGAACUUCUCAACUACAUCGACUUACCGGUGCUUGGUCUGCACGGCAAGCUCAAGCAGCAAACACGCACCAACCGGUUCUUCGAGUUUGUGAAUGCGCAGAGCGGUACGCUUAUCUGCACCGACGUUGCAGCACGGGGUCUCGACAUUCCUGAGGUUGAUUGGGUGAUCCAGUUCGAUCCUCCGGAUGAUCCGCGCGACUACAUUCACCGAGUCGGACGAACAGCGCGAGGAGCCAAUGGCAAGGGCAGGAGUCUGAUGUUCCUGCUGCCGUCCGAGGUUGGAUUCUUGAAGCUGCUGAAAGAAAACCGGGUGCCGCUGGUUGAGUUUGAGCUUCCCAGCAACAAGAUUCUGAACAUCCAGAGCCAGCUUGAGGCUUUGAUAUCGAAGAAUUACUACCUCAACAAGAGCGCUAAGGACGGGUACCGGUCGUACCUCCAGUCGUAUGCGAGUCACAGCUUACGUUCGGUGUUUGAUGUGCAUAAGCUAGACCUUGUCAAAGUGGCCAAGAGCUUUGGGUUUUCGACGGCACCGCGCAUCGACAUCAGCCUUGGGGCGAGCCUGAGCCGCGACAAGAAGGUCGAGGGGCGGCGAGCGUACGGCAGCCAGCCGCAGCAGGCGCGGCGGCCGAUGAAGCACGGAAAGAGGUUUUAG